AUGGAUUGUAAAGUUUCAAAAAAUCCAUCAACAGCUGACAUGGCCAGUUCAACAACAAUUUUAAAUUCAAUGGUUCAAAAUGAACAAGAGCAAUUAAUUAAAGCAAUCAAAAAAUCUGCUGAGGAAAUUUUAAUUAAUAAACCAUCCACAACCACAACCACAACAACCUCAAAUACCCCUAUGGCCCCAACAACAAAUGAAAAUGAUACUGUAAUCGAACAUUUAAAACCUGAAGUAGAGUAUGGCAACGUCGAAUAUAAAUUACAAUUAAUUAACCCUUCAGCAGACAGAUUAGAGCACUUGGUAUCACAAAUGAAAUGGAGAAUGGGUGAGGGCGGUGGUGAGUGUGUAUACGAAUUGGGUUUCUCAGAUGACGGUACAGCAGUAGGUUUAAGCGAUAUAGAUAUGGAAGCAUCAUUGACUACUCUUAAAUUAAUGGCAUCAAAAUUAAGUGCAGAUUUAACAGUUGUUCGGGAAAGACAAGGUAUUAACGGUAAGGUUUUAGAAGUAUUAGUAAGAAAGUUUGCAUCUGAAGAUUUUUCCGAAAUUAGAAUUGCUUGUGUUGGUAACGUAGAUGCUGGUAAAUCAACAUUAUUAAGUGUUUUAAGUCGUGGUCAAUUAGACGAUGGUAGAGGUAAAGCCAGAGCGUUUGUUUUUAGACAUAGACACGAAAUCGAAAGUGGCCGAACCUCUUCAGUUAGUCAAGAAAUAUUAGGUUUCGAUAGUAAAGGUAAAAUUGUAAAUUAUAAUACUCAAAUCCAUUCAACAUUGUCUCCUAGUGAAAUUUGUGAACAAAGUUCAAAAAUUGUCACUUUCAUUGAUUUAGCCGGUCAUGAAAAAUAUUUACGUACAACUUUGUAUGGUUUAACAUCGACAUCUCCAGACUUUACAAUGAUGGCAGUUGGUGGUAAUAUGGGUCCAAAUGGUAUGGCAAAGGAACAUUUAGGUAUUGCUCUUUCUUUACGUAUACCCGUCUUUAUUGUUGUAACUAAAAUUGAUAGAGCACCAGAAAAUGUUUUAUCUUCAACUAUGGAGGAUCUUAAAAAAAUCUUAAAGGGUCCUGGCGCUAGAAAAUUACCUGUAGUAAUUCGUAAUCAAGAUGAUGUAGUUGUUGCUGCCAGAAAUUUUGUCUCAGAACGUAUUGUUCCAAUUUUCACAGUAUCAAAUGUAACUGGUGAAAAUUUGGAUCUUUUAAGAAGCUUCUUAAAUCUUUUGCCAGCUAAAAAAGAAUGGGAAAUCUUAUCACAAAAACCAUGCCAGUUAGAUAUCGAUUCAAUUUGGAAUGUUUCUGGAGUUGGUACAGUAGUUAGUGGUACAGUAAUCAAAGGUACUAUUGAAACUGGUGAUACCCUAUUAAUCGGUCCAAAUGAAAUUGGUGAAUUUAUACAAACUCAAAUCAAAUCAAUUCACACCAAACGUUUGCCCGUUAAAAGAGUUAAGGCUGGUCAAACCGCAAGUUUAGCAUUGAAAAAAAUAAAAAAAGAGCAAAUUAGAAAGGGUAUGGUUGUCGUUCAUCCUUCAACCAAACCAGUACCAACUAGAGAGUUUGAAGCUGAACUUUUAGUUCUCUUCCACAGUACAACAAUUAAUAAGAACUAUGAAGCUGUUAUUCACUGUGGCUGUGUACAACAAUCUGCAAGACUUGUCGAAAUCUACGAUAAAGACGUUUUAAGAACAGGUGAUCGUGCUAAAGUUAAAUUUAGGUAUCAAAUUAGACCAGAGUUUUUAACAGUCGGUAGUAAAUUCGUUGUUAGAGAGGGUCACUCUAAAGGUAUUGGUCGUGUUACUUCAAUUACACCAUAUGUUCAUGAACCAAUUAAUAUCACCACCCACAAGGCAAGCAGUGGUGGUCCUACUCAUGGUCAAGGUCCAAAUCAUCCUACCAAUACACAAGUUAGAAAACAAACAAGAUCAAGAGCAAAUAGAUUAGCAGUUCAAACUAAAAAAUAA